GUUUCUUUUAGGACACAGACGAGAGCAAGAAGCACACGAAAGCAACGUUUUGAUCUGAAAAAUGACUGUGCAAUGCUGCACAAUAGCAUACAAAUUCUGAUGCAAAACGGCGAAUUCUGUCGGUGAAAGUUUAUUUUGAAAGAGAGCCACCCGUACCGAGUACGAGGAGGUAUUUGUUCUACAAAAGUAAAAUCUGUCGACUAGAUGAGGACUCUGUCUAAAGUACUAGCAUGCUUUCCUUAGUUUGAUCUUUAAAGAGAGUGACUUUUUUUCCUGCUCCUGGGCCCUGUGAAUACGCUGAUUGGAAGGCGCUAUCUGUUCCCGAAAGAAGGCAUGGGGCUACGAGAGAGUUAGGGAGAAAUAGGAUGCCCUUUUUAGAUUGUGAUAUUUAUGGUCGAGUCAACCAUAACCGUUUUUACAGGGAAAGUUUGGAAAAACGCGGCGUUCUUUUUUUCAGAAUCCGUCACAGCCUCUCAGCGUGUAUGGUCUUGUUUGCUGAAGAGGCUUUUUUCCUUGACUGGAUAUGGUUUCUUCACACAGACGACUGUAGAAAUCUUGGGUCUGUCGUAUCAUCUUUUCACUUGAAGUUAUUCUGCUAAACGCGUUUUUGAUGAAGUUUUAAACCAUCAAUCUGAACAGUAAGUCUCUACCGUAAACCAUCAAUCUAAAGUAUCUAAAACCUUCCAUAUUCUCAAACCGAGUCUCUCAAACUUCAACAGUGGGCGGAAAGAAGAUUUCACAUCAAUAGUUUAGAGUCUACUUCUUAUUUCGAUCGUAGAGAAGAUGGCGAGUAUCGUGAACCACCAUCAGGUUGCUGCCUUCGAGCACUUGCAGCCGCACCAGCAGGUCGCUGCGGCCGAGGCAGGCUUCAACAGCUUGUCCCCGCGUCUCCAGGCCUACGCUGCCCACGAGGCCGCCGCGGCCCAGCAGUUUGUCGGCUACCCAGCCGUGACCGCCGAGGCCGUCGCCGCCGGCGAAAAGCAGUUCGAGCACCUCUCCUUUAUGUCCCCAACACAUCAACAUGACGAUUGAGAUUUACAACUUGCUAUAGCAAGAGGACAUAAUCAUAACUACCUAAUUUAAUUGUGAAUGAGUUCCAGCUGGUACGUAGGAUGGUGACGAUGGGAGGGGUAGCUUUAUCCGCAGGUCGCCAUUGUUUGGUACAUCUUCAACAUCAUCUCCCUUUUGGCUAGGAUAUUAACUGAGAAAUAUUCGCUUUCAUAUACGUAGCCGAUAAGGGACUUGCGGCGGAGCGUGUCGUCCGCGCCGAGGCCGUAGCCGCAGCUAACCCCUAUGGAUUCCCGCUCUCCUCCACCGGUAUCCCUAUCGUGCAGGGCAUGCAGUCCUCCGCCGUGUUGUUAUGAUGAUCAAUUCUUAUAUCGGAACCUCUCCUAUCACUAUCGGUGUCUCGAUGCAAAGUCCGAAUGUUGAUAUAAGUCCUUCUCCCUGUGAUCAUCUCUCAUGUAGGUAAAAAUCUCAAGAAAACGAGCUACUUCUCAAAUACACCCCUCUCUCUACUCACAACCCCUAAAGGUCAGCCAGCAACUGUCGAUAUCUCUGAGGUAGAAAGGAAGACUGCCCAUAUCUUCUUUUUCUAAGAUAUGGCUCCCACGACAUCGUCGGCGUGACCUUCUGGAUCGCAUGCGCAAGCAUGCUUGCCGGAUCCGUAUUCUUCUUCUCCGAGCGCGCCACUGUCCCGGAGAAAUGGAAGACCUCCAUCACCGUUGCAGGCCUCGUCACCGGUGUUGCAUUCUGUUACGUUCAAGGUGCUGUUUUUGGAAAACUCUUAGAAAGCUGCAUCGACGAAGAUUCUGUCGUAAAUCUAGAUUCUUCUUCUACAGAGAAUUAUAGAGAUACGUCAUCGAUUAAAAUCUCUUUAUCAUUUUCUAGCUGAUCUGAAGAACUAUCAUCAGAAUUUUGCAGUAAAAUUUCUAAGGAAAUCUAUAAAUGUUUCAGAGAUCCACAUGAUAUUCCGCUAUUAUAGAAAACAAUAGGGGGUAGUUACAAGUUUGUUCUAAAGAAUCUAAAUGUUGCAGGAGCUGGUGAACUUUGUAGAUUUUGACACGAUUUUUAUCCAUACAUGAACUUCAUACGUUCGCGAUAGCAUGCACGUAAUCCUCAAAAGGGCACUUGAGACCACGUUUAGCAUUAGGCUCCGUUCUCGUCUUCUAAUGCAAGAACUACUGCUUCAUGCGAGAAAGCUGGGUCGAGACGCAGUCCAGCCCCACUGUGUACCGAUACACGGAUUGGUUGAUCACCGUGCCUCUGCAGAUCGUCGAGUUCUACCUGAUCCUGAAGGCAGUCCUCCCCAACAUCAGCGUCAACUUGUUCUACCGCUUGAUGGCCGAGUCCCUCUUGAUGCUCCUCUGCGGUUGGGCUGGUGAGACCGGAAUCGUCUCCGUCCUCUGCGGUUUCGUCCCGGGUACUUACUCGUCCUUAUAGAUAGAGUUUUAGCAGUUAGCAGGAUACUUUAGGAUACUUGUUGAUAGUUACCCUUUUCUCUUUUAUAUCUUCCGCUGGUCUGUCUUUUUUCUAGUUAGGUCGGCUCCACCACAAAAAGGAUAAGUGCUCACAGAAUUAGAUACAUAAUCACGGCAUCAGCGUGCUUGUAUGCUCUCGUAUCGUAGAAGAAAUGCUCUUCUAAAUAUCCGAAUUUCCUCAAUAAGCGACCUAAAAAUGACUGAUAAUCUUCAGACCUAAACGAACCAGUUUUUAGAUCUUUGAUCUGCGUGCGAGUAGCCCUAUUACAUCCAAGAAGACCAUGUUCAUUUAUUGCGGUUUUAUUUUCACUUACUAGGUUGCCUCUGCUGGUUCGCCUUGAUCUACGAAAUGUUCUCCGGUGAGGCGGGCCAGCUCGCUCAGGGAUGCGGCAACAAGGCCUGCCUGCAGGCAUUCAACGCCAUGCGCCUCAUCAUCACCGUCGGAUGGGCCAUCUACCCGCUCGGGUACUACCUCACCCUCUUGGGCCCCACCGCCACCUACCACGAGCAGAGCGUGAUCAACAUCACCUACAACCUCGCGGAUUUGGUCAACAAGCUCGCUUUCGGUACUAAUACAGCUUCUUCUUGUUAUUAUAUUUUUCUUUUGUCUUGUAGUUUUUGCGGUUUAAAGUGUAGAGGACUUUUACCGGCUCAUUCGUAGCCGUAGAUUUAGAACGUUUCAUUUUCAAUGACUGAAGAAAACGAAAUCUAAUUUUUCUAAAUGUCACAAAAUCAGGUCUCAGCAUCUGGGGUGCUGCCAUCCAGGACAAGUAAGUGGUUGUACGGAAGAUAGGAGAUGACUAGGAGAAAUUUCGAUGGUGGACGACUUCUACGUGUAGAUACUGAGAGGACAAGGACGAUAUUGGGUCCUCGUUGCAGAAUAGCUAGUGGAACACAGAUUAGGUCAACAACUACAACUACUUACUACAGGAUUUACUGAAGAGAUUCCAUAAAGACAUUCCACAUCAAGGGCACCCGCUUGGAAAGUAGUACCUCAUAAAACAGGGGAAGGAACAGGAAGGUAGUUCUUUCUACAAUCAAUGAGAGGAACAGGAGAAUGCAAGGAUGGUCCCUUUGUAGAUGUCGAGGUACCAUUAGGCGAUAGAUUGCUACGCAGAAUUGUUAUACAACAGUCUUUACAAGUCAGGAUUUCAGUUAAAUAUGAUCAACAACAGAACAAGAUUGUCUUCGGAGUAUUUGGUUUCAUAGGUUCAACAAUAAACCCGGUAUAGACGCACAAGGAACCCAGUAAAUAUGCUUGUGUGUAAGCGCUUCAAGACCUUCGGAGAAAAGUUCAAGUGUGGAGUCUGCGGUGAGUCUGCCAUCAUUUAGAUUGAUUCCGAAGUGUCCACUCUCGCAACUACUAUGCAACAGGCAAGGAGCUGAUUAGAGAAAGAGGCUCGGACCCAAACGCGACACAAUUAUAGCAGCUCAUCACUCCUCCUGAGGCAGAUCGUGUGUCGUGGAUGAGAAUGAUUUGAAGGAGUGAGGAAUCGCCUCAGGCGUCCGGGAAGAAGAAGAUAGGAAAUGAUAAUUGUACCAUUUAGAGACACAGAUUCAAUAGUACUUACAUCGCAUAUCAGUAGCUAUUCUAGGCUUUUCAGCUGAUUCGAGAGUGAUAGAGUGUCGUAUGUACGUGAUUACGGACGUGAAGCAUUUCCAUCGCUACCAGGAUGAAACUGAUACAUUCUACCAGGUGGAACAAGGAUCUACCACGACACAGAAAACCUGCGACAUCUGCACAAGAACGGGAAGAUUUUGCUACGGUCUUUUCUUUCUUUCUCAUGGUUAGUACACGCUGACCUGAAAGCAGGAACAAGGCUAGGUAAAAUACAGGUAAAAACAUCACGUACUUCAUCUAGGCCACGCACCGCGAC